UCUGUACUUUUUGAGUCGUCGUCGAGCACGUCGUGAGUUUGCACCGUUAACUUUUAAACUUAAACCGAAAAGUUUGUUAUUAUUAAAAUAAUAGACAUGAAUAGUGUUGUGAAUAAUAUGAGUGAAACACAAUCUUGUUAUUAUCAGUGCAUGCACUGUAAUUUCAAGUUACCGAAAAAGAAUUUUAAUGUGGUACAACAUUCAUGUUUUGCUAAUUUGAAUGAUUCAGAAGCUGUUUAUCUUGUUGAAACAAACCGUCUAUGUAGAGGAACUAUAGGAACUACAGGGACAGCAACUAAUAUUGAACAGGUACAAAACAAUGUCAAUGGACAUGGCACAGAAGAUCAGGAACAAUCUUCCUCAGUUUCUGAUAAAAAAAAAAGCCGUAACAAGGAAGACAAACAGUGGGUUGACUAUGAUGAAUUGCUAAUAAAUGCUGUGAUGAAUAGACCUUGUCUAUGGAACCAUACUAUUCCAGUGAAACGAAGGGGUCCUUUAGUUAUCAAAGAAGCUUGGAUUGAAAUUGCCAGUGAAUUAAAUGGCAAAUUUGAAAUAGAAGUGAUCAAAAAGCGCUGGAGAAACCUUCGUGAUAGUUAUAAAAAGGCCAGGAAUAAAGUCACUGCGUAUACACCAAGUGGUUCAACAGCUCCAUCAACUGAUCAAAAUAAAGAUGGGUUUCGUUAUUAUGAACAGAUGGAAUUUUUAAAUGAUACAAUGAUUACAAGGCCCUGUCAUAGUAACAUUUCAAGAGAUACAUCAGAUUUAGUUUCAACCAUCGGUUUAGAUGCAACUAGCAAUGUAGAUAGUGAGAUGGUGAGCGAAGAAAUGAAUGAUGGUACCUCGGGCAUAUUCACCAGUGUAUCUGAAGACAACAAUUUUAUAGAGCAUACCAAAAAGCAAAGACGACAGUCUGCUGAUACUGAAUUUAAAAAUGAUAUUUUACACAUCUUAUCAGAAACAAAUAAACCUUCAGACGGCAUCGAUGGAUUUUUACUUCACAUAGAAGAGAUUUUAAGGAAGCUUCCAUAUAAAAAUAGAAGAUUGCUUCAACAUAAAAUUAUGAAUGACGUAUUAGAAGCAGAACAAGAAGCUGGACUUUUAUAAUGUCACAGAAGUCUCGUUUUUAUUUAAAGUACUCACCAUAUUUGUUUCAUUCAAAAUAAUUAUAAAAUUAUUUAUAUUAUGUAUUAAUUUAUGUAUUAAGAGACAGGUUUUUUUACAUUAUUCUAAGUAAAUCAAAGUAUUGAGAACAAAAUGUACUUACUUAAUACUUAUUUAUAUACUAAUACUUUAUUUAUAUACUAAUACUUAAUACUAAUUUAUAUUUAUUAAUGUAAUAAAUGAAAACAUUAAAUUGGUAAUAAGUCACGACAAACGAUCACGGAAAACAUUAAAG